AUGGCGGCAGGGCGGACAGCCCGAGCGCUGCUGCUCGCCGCCAUAGCAGUAGCAGUUGCCUCAGCUGGGCCAGCGGCAGACACUCCUGUGACCCCUCUCUCCCAAGUGGACAAGCUACCUAUCGAUGAAGAAACCUAUGACUUCAUUAUUGUUGGUGGUGGAGCCGCCGGAUGCGCUGUUGCUGAUGUCCUGUCUCAAAGCGGAAGGAAAGUCCUUUUGCUUGAGCGUGGGAUGGAGCGCUCUCUCGCAACGACGCCAAAUGCCAUGAGCGCCCGAGGAGCGGGUAUUGGCCUUGCCGAUGCGACUAUCUCCCAAGCAGUUGGAACAGUUCAAGGAGUGAGGACCUUCUCAGGUGCCCUUAUGGGUGGUGGAAGUGCAAUUAACCUCGGUAUCGUAAUCGGUGAAACUGAAGAAUACUUUAGGGAAAUGGCCCGCCAGUUCCCUGGUUACAACAUUGACUACACUAGACUGAAAACGGCUUACGAUUACGUUGCGUGGAAACUUGCGAGGGCGAUGCCAGUGCUUCCUCCGUUUGGCUUGGCAUAUAAAAACGCACUAACUGAAUCUGGAUUCAAAAACUGGGGAGGUGGUGACUAUCCAGAACCCAGUCUUAUUGUCCGUCCAGGAUACCAGUGGGUCGGUUAUUCUCUCUUCGACGCUGGAAAUAACUUGCAGCGAAACGCCGCCGACGCGCUUAUCGAAGCGACCCCAAACCUCACCAUCAAAACCAGGCACACCGUCAGGAGCGUGACCUUCGUGGACACGCCCGAUGGAAAGGUUGCUAACUGCGUUUUGUAUCGGCCUACGAAAUAUAAAGACAUCCGGCCUAUAGACUGGGCUCCGUGGGUUGGGUCAUUUCUGGAGCCCACAUCGGUGCUUGCUGUUGCCGGUGUUGAGGAUCCAAAGAAGAAACUCCGCCGAGUCUGCCUCACGGACCCCGGAACAGGACGAAUUGUGCUUAGCGCUGGGGCAGUGCACACUCCCCUGGUGCUCUACCGAUCAGGUAUUGGACCUGCAGCCCAGCUUGGCCUGCUGAAGGUUCCGCAAGUGCUGGACAAUCCGGCCGUUGGUUCUUCCUUUUCUGACAGAGUAUUUCUUGCCAUUCCAGGUUUCUUAAAGCACUAUGUUGAUGCGAUACCUUUGAUAAAUCCGAGCAAGAAUUUACGGCGUCUAGCGGCUGAUGAGGAAGGAGAACAUCAGAAGCUUACCAAGUUGCGUCUUGUGUCAAAACCAACCUUCGAGCCAAUUUUAACAAUAGAAGAACUUGAGAAAGUAAUUACUCCAGAAACUCGGGAAGCCGUCCUCAAGAUCUUGGACAAACCUUUGCCAACCGAGGUGUUCACCAUUGAUGAAGACGAUGAGUCUGUCAGCACGCGGUUCGAGCCUCCCGUUCUACUUCCAGAUCUUCUUAUGUUUCCAGGGAAGCUGCAGUAUCUUGCCCCAGCUCUCCAACCCCGUGUAUGCCAAUUCAUGGGCUUGAAACAGAUAGGUCCUCACUGUAGGCCAAACGACAUCAACCAGCGCAACUUAGGGUGCUCUUUGGUAGCGAUGGAGGAGCUGUCCGGAGACCGAACAGCUGAAGGCUUUAUAUACGCUUCGCGUUAUAUGUUCCCAACAAUGUUCCGUAAGGAUCCAAUACUCGAUGCUGUAACCGAGAUCUUGCAGGCGUGCUCCAAUUACCGCGCUCCCUUUGGACUCGUUGUUCUAAAGCCUCUGUGUGUACUUGCUCAACCAGUUGUCAAGUGCCUCAGAAAAGCUGUGGCGCCAUUCUACUUCACAUCUGAGCCCAAGUCUAGGGGAAGCAUCAGGCUGAAGCCCACAGGAGAAGUAGUCGUGGACCCCCAAUAUCUCGUACAUGAGCAAGAUCUAUUUGAUGCAGUCAGAGGUGUUGCGACCUUGGUGGAUCAGAUAAAUGGAGAUAGUUACAAGGGUAUUCUCCAAGCUAAGGGCAGCAAGUCUUGCCCUUUGGUUAUCCUCAACGGUCUCCUAGACAUACUGCUUACGCUUGCUAGUACAGCCUCUCCGUUCCUGACUCACUCCAAGAAUUUCGCUGAGAUCCAGAGAUAUUUGCAAGACUUGAUUCCUCCAGAAUCAAGACGCCUGCGUCGGCUGGUGGUGGUAGACGAGUCUUACCAUAUGAAGCCUGCUAUUUACGAGGACAGUGAAGGUAACGAAUAUGAAGAUUAUAGUGCCUUUGUGGAGGAGAAGGUUGACGAGGCCAAAAUAGAAGCACUGGGCGUCAAACGCAGACUAGAAGCGGUGGGAUUUGAUUUUGAUUCCUAUCGUGCUCACAUUAGUGGCACAGAUGCUUCAGCAAGGGAUUCAUCCCCCCAUCUCGGCGCCAUCAGCCGGCGCCUUGAUGCGGCACUGGCAAGCGCUUUAGGACCUCAAAAGAUGGAAGAGUUGAUGAACGUCGCAAAUUCAAUUAUAUCAGAAGAGGCUCUCAAGGCUAACCCGGAAGAUCCUGCUCUUAAAAGCGCCAUUGAAGACUGCAAGAAAUCUUGCUCAAAGGACUCCAUAGAAAAUCACACAUGUGCCCAGACAGACAUCUGUUGUGCCGUACAUGGCAACUCAAAAUGCAUUCGAACCCCCGGGCAGCCAUCUCUUAUCGAUCAACAAAACGGAGACGUGUUCUCGAAUGCGGACGCCGCGGAGAAUGGAGGCACAGUCAAGACAGAAGAAUUCCUUUCACCUCUGUUCGGCCUUACGGCACCUACUUUUGGUCUGCCCGAGAACAAACAGUGGGCUGCAACAUUUCCACCGAAGCUUCCCAGUUCCCACAACCCGAAGGCUCUGGCAAAGUUUGCACUUUCUUACAUGACAAGUAUUGGUCACACAUACGGCAGCGCACCAAUGGGCAAGGUGGUUGACGAUAAAUUCCAAGUUAUGGGAGUCAACGGCCUCUCCAUCGUGGACGGUUCUGUGCUUCCCCAGCUAACAAGAAUGAAUCCAGUGUACACCAUUAUGGCAUUAGGACGGUGA